CAUUAUUUUAAAAAUCUCGUGAAUGGAAAUAUUUGAUUAUUUAAAUCAAAUAUGCAAAAAUUAUUUGCCCACCAAAUAUCCUGCAAAUCCAAUCUAUAAGUUUUCCUACAAAUUUAUAAGAAAUGCCUUGUAUGAUUCAUUAAUGAAAUAUGAAUGGGAAUUAGCUGCUAAACUACUUAAAGAGUUAUCAGUAACUCCAACUAAAGAUAAUCAGGAAGCAAUAUGGAAAGCAGGAUUUUAUUUGUUAAUUAAUGAUCCGAAUUCAAAUGCCAACUUAAUUGAAGAAUUUUCAGACACAUGCCUGAAUUUUAGUGAAAUUCUCAAAACAGAAGUAAUUUUGCAACAGAUUCUUUACCACAUUAAACAUAAAAAUUAUGAUAAAGUGACUCAAAUAGCAGAAAAAUUAGACAAACCAAAAAGGGGAGCUAAGAAACGUUUAGAAAGCCAAUUCAAAUCUUCUCAAAUAUUGAAUCACAAUAGGAUAGAGUACAAUAAAUUGCUCAUAGUUUUGAUUAAUCAAUACAAAGUUCUAGCCGAGUUGGCGCUCUACAUCCAAGUCCACAAUAAAAACCAUAUCAAAUUACAUUCGCUUUUAAAAGUUGACGAUGAUUCGGAAUUUUUAUUUGAAGAAAAAAUGGAAAUGGAAGAAAUUCUAUUGGAUUCUUCUAAUGAUCACGUGAUUACAAAUGCAGCAAAGGAAGUCGAUACCCGUUAUAAUAAUGACACAAUGCAUAGCUUAACUUCCAUACUGGACAAAUGGGUCACUGGUGAUCAAGAAAAAGGAGACUCGAAACCGGUCCCAUCCCUUUUUAAAGACGAAGAGGUACCAGCUCUAGACCCUUUAGAAUUGAGUCAAGAGAUUUCCGGAACUUUCCUAGCUCUCACUAAGCGUUCCAAGGUUAUCAAGGACUAUUUAACGCCAUCUAGCCCCUCCCAAAUUAUCCCCCCAAAAUUAUCUCCUACUACCUUAAGCAAAAUGGAGAAUAACCCGCCACACAAUUACGCUAAUCGAGAUUUGGACAAGAUACUCAAAAAUUUCGACAAUUGUUUCGAUUCGACUUUUAAUUUAACGGUUUCCAUCGUGAUGAAAGGGGAAAGUUAUACCUACUUGGCCUGGGAAACAUUUAUAGACGCUUAUUUAGGGCUAUUGUUAUACAAUCGUGACUACGUUAAAUCCGAAGGGGUGUUAAAUAAAAUGAUCGAAAUUUAUCCUGACAUGUGGACCUACAGACUGAUGGCUUUCAAUUUUUACCAACAAUAUGGCGAAUUUCUCAGCUCAGAUAACGGUCGGAAUUUCAACGUAUUGGAAAUGUCUCAUUUGAAAGUGCUUUGUUCUAAGGAUCCUACAAAUCCCUUAAUUUUUACUUAUUGUGACAAGUUACUAUCAUCACAAGAUCACGUUAACGCCGCUCACGUGAUAUUUGAUUACGUGGAUAGAAUGCAACCUAAAUUUUCUUUGGAUAUCGAGAGACAUGUAGCAUAUGUUAAGGAGACCAAGCGGAUUUUAUUGGACUUGUAUAGAAAAUGUAAAGAUGCCAACCUAGUUGAAAAAAUUGAUGAAUUAUGGUGCAAGGAACGCUAUAGGAAAUCCUAUUCUGAAAAAUGGUGGCCUCCUGUCAAUUAAAAAAAAAAUAGUUUUAAGAAAUUAAUUUGUAUUUUGUUAUGAAUAAAAUCAAUCGUUUUUGUUACCUGCUAUAAUAUUAA